UUAGGCUGUAGCCAAAUUUCAGCACUUGUAAAUUUGUGAAAGUCCAAAGAGCUGCUGGGUGAAGGAAUUUCUGAGGUAGCUUACUAUGUAAGUCUUAAAUGCACCAAUAAAAAGUAGUUAAAGACAAUUUCUUUUGAGCUUCUUCAACCGGUUUCUCCUUUCCAAAAGGGGAUUUUUGGCACCAGAAUAACCAGUAUAGAUGAGGAGAGGGCAAGAGACAAAAAUAAUCCUGUUCUUAAAAAAAGGAAGUGUUUAUGGGAGGCAGGUAGUCAGUCUUCACUCAUCUCUUAUGAGGAGGGUGGGGGGAUGGGGGAACUCCUGGUGAAGUCGGGAUGUACCGCCACAGGAUUGGUGGAUGGCAUCUGUCAGUGUGGCUCCGUGCCAAGCCCUCAUGUCUUUAUAUACUGUAAACUGAUGACCUGACGGUCCUGAGUGUGCAUUGCGCCCCAUCUGCCUCUCUCCAUCUCCACUGCUCUCUCUGGGGCCUCUCCAGUCUUCUGCUCCAGCAUCCUCCAGGGCUGCUUCUUCACAGCUGUCCUUUUUUGCUCCAGCUGCCUCUUCUCUCCGGUUGUGACAACAAUGGCCACACCAAGCCGGCUCCUCACUUUGUCAGUGUGGCUUCUGGCUGCGAGCCUCAUAGCUGAGGCGACCUAUUACCGGUACCACCGCUACAUGCCCCACUAUAUCCGCUACCGGGAGCACACCGCCAACACGGACAACCACCUCCCUGAGGUCUCCAAUCCAGUGCCACGAGCCCCACAGCCCGGCGUGCCUACCUCCCCGGAAAUCCCCGAGGUCUUCCACCCGGCACCUGAAGUCAUCCACCCCAUACUAGAGACUUUGCCUGAAGUCGUGCAUCCUGCACCCGAGCCUUACCACCCACCUGUUGUUUACCAGCCGGUACCUGAAGCCUCCUCCCCUGUCAACAUCAUUCGGGUUUUCUAUGGGGUCAUGUUUGACGCUGGGAGCACAGGCACCAGGAUCCACAUCUAUAAGUUCAUCCAGAAAGACCCUGUUGAGCUGCCAGUUCUGGACAAUGAAAUAUACCAUGCAGUGAAGCCUGGAUUGUCUGCUUAUAAGGACAACCCUGAAGAGGGUGGCGACACCAUCCGACAGUUGCUGAAGAUUGUCAAAAAGACGGUGCCAGAGGAGGAUUGGAGGAGGACCCCGGUGGUCCUGAAGGCCACGGCAGGUCUGCGUCUGUUGCCUUCAGACAAGGCCAGUGCUCUUCUGAAGGAGGUGCAAGAGGUAUUUGAUGAAUCCCCUUUCUACGUGCCAAACAACAGCGUUUCCAUCAUGAAUGGAAAAAACGAAGGAGUCCUUGCGUGGGUCACAGUGAACUUCCUUACAGGUCACUUGUACUCCAACACAAAGAGGACAGUGGGGAUCCUGGAUUUGGGUGGAGGAUCUACACAGAUCACAUUUCUUCCUAAGUCAAGGAAAACCAUUGAGUCUGCUCCCUCCACUUACAUUGCUAGCUUCAACCUGUUCAACAAUACAUAUCAGCUCUACACACACAGCUACCUUGGAAAUGGACUGUUUGCAGCUCGACUGGCGACUCUCGGAGCACUAGGAGCUGACGGCCUAGAUUGGAGAGUCUUCACAAGUUCUUGCCUGCCGAAAAAGUUCAGAGAAGAUGUGGCUUUUGGAGGAACCACCUACAAAGUUAGCGGGAUUCCAGAUGGCUAUGCAGGCUAUAAGCUGUGCUACUAUGAGGUGAUGAAGGUAGUCAAAGGAAUCGUGCACCAGCCUUAUGAAGUAAAGGGCAGCAGCAUCUUCUACGCUUUCUCCUACUACUUUGACAGAGCAGUGGAGACUGGCCUCAUCGAUGGCAGUCGGGGUGGUACGGUUGAAGUUAGGGAUUUUAAGAAGAAAGCCAAGGAAGUGUGCAACAAAAUGACCAAAUACCGUGCUAUCAGCCCCUUCCUCUGCAUGGAUAUGACAUAUAUCACUUGUCUGCUAAAGGAGGGCUUUGGCUUCAAGGACAGCACUGUGUUGCAGCUAUCCAAGAAGGUGAACAACGUGGAGACAAGCUGGGCCCUGGGUGCAACCUUUGACUUCUUCAGAAAUUUCAACAUUCACUAAGGAUACUCUGUCAUUGUGGGGGCUUCCCGUCUUCUAUCCGCCCCCCGAUCAGCCCGUCCCCUCACAGGCACACCCGAUCCCACCGACAUACCUCUCUUCUCGACCUCAGCACCCUGUAAACUCUCUAAGAACUGUUGAAAAAAAAAUCACUAUAUUUUUCUAAGGCCAGCUAUUUCUACUGUAUGUUGAGCUCAUUACUGACAGACUGACUUUAUUUAUGUAGAACGUUUACAUUUUUGAUUCCUUAUGGGUGUCGGAUCUGAAAUGUCUUUCCCGCCUACCUGGAAAGAGAAGCAGUACAAUCAGUCACGGUAUUUCGGUGCUUACUGUGGUCCUGGUGUGCACUGUACUACAGUCCAACAGAAAAACAAUUAAGAGAUGAGUUGUAAGUGCAACCAUAGUUGUCUUUCUAAAUUCUUGUACCUCAUUCUUUUUAUUCUAGCAGUACAUUAUCACACAGGACCCUAAUUCAUUCGCCCCUAGCCUGAGACAACAGAGACACUAUUGGAAAUGGAGCAGCUGAAACAAACAGCUUCUUUUCUUCAACUUUGCACUUAACACUUUAAUUGCAGACAUUGUAGCUAAGACAUGAACAGGUGCUCUGAUGUUGUGAUGUCAACUGAAGAGUUGUAUAUAUUAAUCACGGUGUUGGAUUCACCAUGACUCGGGUUAAAGAGGCCAUGGAGACAUGCCUCUCACAGAUUGUUACAUGUACAAGCUUAAUGCCUGUAUUUUUAAAGUUGAACCAUUAUUGUUCGUUUUGACUAGAGUGGGGAAGACCUUGUCAAGCAUGGAUAAAUUGUAGGGGCUCCAGUUCUUAACUGUAUUGUAGACUAGCACUAGAAACACCUCUCAUCAAGGGUAGAUGGUGCAUCCAACAACAUAAUUUAUAACCAUUACAUGUAAACAGAUAUUGUGUAAAGGAGUCUGAAACAUGACUCCUUCACUUGUUGCUGAUUACUCAAAAAUAUUAGUAAUAUUCUUUAUCAUUUCUCUUAACUGUACAAAUAUUUAAAUAACUGAAAGUCUACCUAGAGUAUUUUAAUUAUCCUUGUCCAAUAUUAACUCCUGAACCUCUGUGUAACUGCCAAGUCAUGCCUUUGCUGGAUUUUUUUUUCAGUAUUUAACAUGUUCAGUAACUACUGCUGUAUAUACACAAUGUAAAAUUUGUGAAAUCAUUUGACAGGAAUUGCUUUUACAUUGCAAAACCUUUUGCUGCACAAAUGCUCACAAAUGCCUCUAGGUUCAUCAGUAUGAAAAACCUGA